AUGACAAAAUCGUUCGACACUAAGCUCGAAGAAAUCCACCAACGAAGACAAUUCAGGAUGAGAACAAAUAUUUGGUGCGAAGGCUCCGAAGAAUUCAAUCGUAAACUUUGCAUCGCUGAGGAUUUACUUCAAGUUACUUGGCUAUCCGAGCAUGAAGAUCACAAUCACAAAAAGGCAAACGGCAAAGUUUCAAUAAUUACGGAUUUGAGAAAAUCAAUAGAACAAAUGUCCACCCACAUCAACAGCUUCAAAAAAGAGGAAAAAGAAGCCUACAUCCAGCAACAUCUUUAUCAUUCCCGUUUGGUAAUAGAAAGAUUUACUGAAGCCAAAGAAGCAUUUAAUUUUGUAAAUAUGAGUAGAGCGUAUCAACUGUUAUUAGAUUGCCUUUAUCCAACCAAAAUUGACUCUUUGGGAGAAGGUAGUGAAUUGUUUCAUACCAAUACCAAAUAUCACAAAUUAUUACAACUAUCAGCACUUUAUGGCUUCAAAAUGAAUGCGGUAAAAUUUGGUCAAGAGGACAAAGUAAACGCUGAACAUGCUCAUCCUGAUUUUUUGAAAGUUGUGGCUAUAAUAAGAAUGUUUCAUAGUACAUUGCUCCAAAAUAUGAAGCCCUCCGAAAAUCAUGUAUCCGAAAUCAAGAAUUUGGUAACUUAUGGAUUAUUGACAGAAAAGAAAUUGGUUCGUGUGAUUGGAAUCAAGGUGUUUGUUCCAGAAUUUUCUCGUUCUCCAAAAAGCUACAAAUACCACUUAUUUAAUGUUGGAGUAUUCCCAAUAGAACCCUCAACAGAAGAGGAAAAACAACAACUCGACACAUUGAUAUCAUUUUUAUUAGAAGCAAGCAGACAAACUAUUUUCGAAGAGAAUGAGUUGAUUAAACGAAUUACUAAAGAGUCGAUAGGAAGAAAGAGACUUACAAGCACACUAUUUACCACAUCUGAUUUUUCAAAUGGUGACAAAUUGGUUAUUCGUUGGCAAAAAACAACAGACACAUUAUUGACAACUACCAUUACACUGGAAGAGUAUCUUUUCGAAAUAAGUACCGCUCUUGGUCAAGGUAAUAGUCCAAAAGACAUUUUCCUUGGUAAGAUUGACCAUUCCUCUCAACCAGUUUUUGUUAAGAUUUUUCGUUCCAAUAGAUUCAACCUGCCUCUAGGUAAUAUAUUUCUUUCUCCAAAUGUGAAAGUGGAAAAGAAUGGAAUACCCUGUCCUCAAUACGUGGAGAUAUCAAUUGAAGGGAAGGAGCUGAAUAGUAUUGAGAAAGCCAGGUCAUGUGUUGAGAAGAUGCAUAUUAUCACCCAAUUACUUUUAGAAAUUGACAACAUUCACACAAAAAAAAUUAUUCACAAUGACAUCAAACCAAGCAAUAUCAUAAUAUUAGAAAAGGAAAAUUUUAAGCAUAUUAAGCAUGAUAUUGCUACUGAUGAAAAGAAAAACAAUUUACUACAAGAAAUCCGACACCAUCCAACGUUUUAUUGUAAAUUCAUUGAUUUUGAGCUAGCCAAGACAUUUGAUGAAGAAGAUGGUAAUAUUUGCUUUCUUUAUGGCGAUUUGUUAGAAUCAACUGCUGGAACAUCAAAAUAUAAUGCACCUGAGAAGGAAAUAACUGGACCAAACUUCAUUCACCCAAAAACAGACAUCUUUUCACUUGGAUUAGUUUUCAUUGAACUGAUUGUUGAAAUUGAAAUUAAUAAGAAACAAUUAGAAAAUACUAAUGAUGAAAUAUGGACUUUAAUUGAAGCUAAAUGUAAAGAGUUAGAUACAUCCAAAGGUCAAAUAAUUUUUAACAUGCUUCGAAAGAUGGUGAACAAUCAAAGAAAGGAACGGAUAACUGCACGACAAUGCCUGCAACUACUAGACAUUACCGAAACAGUUGACACUCAAGACUACACAUCAAUUUUCUUCCCUGACAAUCAAAUAAGCCUCAAUGGUUUCAAUAAUGUCACAAUACCAUCCAUGCAUGACACAUCAAUUUUCUUCCCCUCCCACAUCUAUACCUAUUCCAAUUCAAAGUCCACCCUAUCCAUGCACGAGACGAAUGAAGCACCUUCUUCAAUUUCUUUCCCAAGAUCAAAGAAAAUAGUUUCUCAUAAGAAAAUACAAUGUUGUAAAUGCACAACUGGAAAUUGUAGGCAUUGCCAUUGCUCAAAAGAAGGUUGUACCUCUUGCAAAUCUAUUAAUUGUGAUAAUAAGAGGAAUAGUGAGAAAAUAGGUGGCAGUGAAAACGAAAACUAUCAACCAGAAUCAAAGAAAGUCAAAAAGUAA